AAGAGAUUGUAUGGUUUGCCGAACAAGGACCAGGAGAGUCACACAAGGACAGGCUGGCUGAUCUACUCACCAGCAGUCCACCGGAUGAUCCAUGGAGGCCUGAUGACAUGGGCGGCCGCAAGGCCAGUGUAUCCAAUAUGGAGUUACCAAAGAACGCAUGGAGCGUUGAGGGUAAGAUGGACGAAAAGAGGAAGGAUGGAGGGCGAGUCGUUCCUGAUGGCGGAUCACGUAUCGUUGCCGGUGCAAGCCCAUUUGAAGGCCUGAAGAAACACCCUGUGGAGCAUCUUCUCUCAAUCACUAUGGACCAGGAUGAUGCAAAUCUUUCACCACAGGAUGCACUGACUCGAAUCAAGAAUGAAAGUGCGGCAGGAUCACUGUGGACCCAAGAAAUGCACCUUAUCAUCAAUGACGAUGAGCUGGUGCUUGCCGAGAGGAUAUCGGAGGAUCGACUCGGUGCACACAGCCUUGCCUCGCUUACCACUUGCCACGAGCUGGAGGGUUUGGACGAGAGCUUCAACAAUGUGGUGGUGUUUGUGUCCAACCAGCCGGGUCAGAAGUACCCGAUAAUGCACGCGUUCCAGCUGGAGGAGGGCAAGGCUAGUCUGCUGAAAAAUGAAAUCUGGCAAGGCAUAACCAAGGCCGAUGACUCUCGCAAACAACAGGACGAUGCAAAGGAGGCGGCAAACAGGAAGAGAAAUGCGAGCACCGUCAGCUUGUUCAGUGGUCGGUCGAAGCAGAAAGAAAAGUCUGAUUCGCAUUCGCCGAUCAAGGAAGAAGCAGAACCGCUGUUACCAGAUCCGAAGCUUGCCGUUCCGACCGUUGUUGUGGAGGUGGUGGACAAGGAAGGCGAUAAGAAACCAGGGGAAAAGAUGGUGAAUGUCAAGGAAAGAGCAGCAAUCUUCAGCGAAAAGGAGAAGCAGGCAAUGACGCCGUCCACCCUGCGCAGAGCUGUCCAGCCGUCGCCAGCCGUUAUACGCAAGGGCGCAGGUUCCAGUACUCCGCAGGGCAAUCGCAAGGCAGGUCUCUCAGCCGACUACAUGACGCCGUCCGGCCUCACGUCCUCUCACUCGGAUAUGGAUGACAUCCGUGGCACGAUAAAGGACCUUAGACUGCAGAGGGAUACGGACCUGCUUAACCACACGCUGUAUGACCUGGACAUGUUCGUGGACAAGCUACGUGCAGCCAUCAAUGCUCGACGAGCCAAGUCCCAACUGAAGAAGAAGGUCAAGAAAAAGAAGAAGAAGAGAGGGAGAAAUGACAGUUCUUCCGAUGAGGAGGACAGCGAUAAGCCAUACAUGCCCCACGAAGACUACAUCGACUCGUAUCAGAAACUGAAGUUGGCAAUCAACCUCACGGCAAAGCUAGGCAAAGACAUCCCAGAGACGACGCCUAAGGAAAUGAUUGAAGGCCUCUUCAACCUGCUGGUGGAGGUUAUCAAGAUUCAUGGAACGACUGACUAUGCUGCAACUGUCAAGGAGCCACUGCUCACUAAGAAAGCUACGGAGCUGCUCAUCCACUCUCUCAAGUUUGAGCACGAGGCAAUGUGGCAUAGACUGGGAAUCAACUGGAGCAUAACAUUGGAGAAAUGGCCCAAGAACCAGCUGAUACCGGAGUACACACCACGAUUUGCGGACGGUUGUACGCCGCCUGACCUUUGCAACAGCAACGUCGAGCAGUUGAAACAACUGCCGCCACCACCGCAGCCAGCUCACGAACAAAGCUCCCAGCAGUCACGCAUUGUGGCACUCCGUGACGAGAUGGACCAGAACUUCAGUGCAGCAAGCUUUUCAAGUUCACUACUCCGUGAUGGAGAUACUGCUGUUCUGCCAAGUAUCAGUGAACUCGAAGCAGCAGAGCAGGAGGCAGCCCGGUUGGGCGGUACGACCGUCAUCCAUUUCCUGCACGUGGUAAUACUUGGUGCGGCACGCGUUGGAAAGACCAGCUUGCUGAAGGCGUUGCUUGAGAAGAUGCACAAUGAGAAUGAACUCAGCACACCCGGCAUGCGCACGUCCUACGCAACUACAAACAUCUCUGAUGACUGUCGAUUCAUCGAAUGCCCAGACAUGCCAGAUGCUCUGAGUCGACUCUACGUCAUCACCAUGAUGUGCAAACCAUCCACUUCGAAUCAUCCCCAAGACAAAGAGACAACACAAGAUGACAGAGAGAGAGCCCCAGCAGGAGAGGAUCCUGUGGCUGGGACCCAUGCAGGACCUAUGGAGGUCAGCAGUAGCAGCAGCAGCAGCAACGGGCCAGCAAUGCGCGAGGAAAUCAACGAGACCAUCACAGGAUUUCUCAACGCAGACCGGGUAAAGUACAUCUCUGGCCGGGCCAACACGCCCAACUAUACCGUCAUCACAUUCCGCGACCUUGGAGGGCAGCAAGUCUACCAAUCCGUGCAGCCCCUCUUCAUGGCCAAAAACACAGCCUUCAUUGCCACAUACAACUCUUCUCUGGACCUUCUAGAGACCCUUCCCAAGUUCGAUGAAUUUCAGGUCAGCCGGGAAGAAUGUAUCGAGCGGGCCACUCUACCGGCCAAUGCGACUCGCCUAGACCAGCUGCUCGGCUGGCUCGACAUGCUGCUGCUGAAUGCAAAAGCUGACAGCAGCACAGACCAGAGUGCUGCAGAUGAUGUGUUUGUAGUGGGGUGUCAGAGUGACAGGUGGAACAAAACCGAUUUGCCUGAUCCUUGUAAGCUACUUCAAGAGAAGAUAAAAGGUACCCCGUACCAGAACCUUGUCUGGAACGACACUUCGCACUUCAAAAUCGACAACACCAGAUCCACUGGAAGUGCAGCACAAGCAGAUGAGCUGCAGCGAUUGAGAGAGGCCGUCAUCGACCGCUGCCAGAAGAGCCAACGUAACAUCCCUGUUCCAUGGCUCCGAUUCUGCAUAUCCAUACACAUGCUCAAGCAGGAGGUCACUUGGCCUUGGAUUUCCUUCAAGGAGGCAAAGUUCAUAGCGAAGCAAGUCAAGGCUGUUCCACAUGACUGCAGUGACCGGCAAAUACAGCUGCUGCUGAAGUACUGCCACGAAGCAGGCCACCUGGCGUACUUCCCAACUUUCAAGCUGAAAGACACGGUCAUCCUGGAGCCCCAGUUCAUCCUGGACUGUGUCAAUGCCUUUGUCUACAUGAAGCCUGACCGAGACAUCACAGUGCACGAAGCGUGGUGCUAUCGUUCUGGGUUCAUGACGGAGUCCCUGGCACGCAAAGCUCUCAACAAGAUGUUCGAGGGUCAGUCUUACUGCGACCAUGCUAAGGCGUGGCAAGCAGUCAGAGCAAGCAGUGAUGGGUUCAAGCUCAUUUUUGAAAUCUUAGAAUGGCUCUCAGUCCUGGUAAUUGUGCAGGAUGAGAGGUCUGCUGAGCACGAGUUUAUUGUACCUGCAGUCGUCCAGGACAUGGGCACGGUCCCGCAGGCGCCUUGUUCCUGUGCCUAUGUGUCCUUGAAGCACACAAACCGAGAUGAGUUGAUGCACUUUCCCGUGUUCCUGUACUGGCAAUGCGUGGUGGAGGUGCUGCUUAAGUCACACAAGCGCUCGUCUGCCACGCUGUCACGGUGCAGCGUUCGCCUUCGCUGGAACAGCGAUUGGCCGUGGCUGCACCUGCACUAUACACGCUACGGCUUACAAGUGUACCUCGAAUGCAAGGGCCGACACGGCGGUAGCGGAAAGUCUACACUGGAUGAAGUCCGGGCAAUCGUGCUCACAGUGGUACGGAAGUGGGGCCUGCAGGUCGAAGUGAUCAGCACAUUGACAUGCCCCUGCGGAGAAACAUCGGGCAAGGAGUGUUUACAGCAUGGCUUAUCUACGUGCCGCGCGCCAAGCUGUGCACACGCUUUGGACGCUUCCACCCUAGUGGCUGAAGACUACCCACUGUGUACACGUUCAAAGCAGGAUAUACAGAUGAUCCGUGAGCAGGCCAUGUUCUGGCUGGGCCUUGACCAGGAUGCAUGUGGAAAGCUGUUUGACCCGAGAUCGGCCUCUCUUCCUUCAGCAGAAGCCUGUGCCAGUGUGGACAGUAGAAGCGGUGGUCACGGUGCUCCAGGAAGCGGUCAUCACAGCGCUGAUGGAAGCGGUGUUCAGGACUCUGAAUUCAUGUCACUUGGUGCCAUUGGUGGAAAGACACUUGAUCAGAUUGCCGACUGGCAUGCGAUUGUUAGCUCGAUUGAACCGUUCAUCGGUGGAGAGGAGGAAGGCGACGAGAGAGAUGAGGACGAGGAGGCGUACGGCGACCCAUUCAAACAAAGUGCCUUUAUAACCGAUAUUUCUCCUUGGUUGGACAAAUUACCAGCGGCAAAGUUUCGUAAAUUGGCGCAAGUGGCUGGGUUCUUCUCCGAUCUGCAGCAGAUAGAAGACUUGAAGAGGAUUGAGAGACAAGAUGGAACACGCACUCACAACGAAGAGUUGGUCAACAUUGUAAGCAGCGAGGAACAGGCUGGCUACAUCAAGCUUGUGAAGGUCAUCAAAUGCUGGGGUAAAUAUCCCGACAAGAUCGACAAGAUGAACCAGCUUCUGCCACGACGGGCUCGUGUGUAAACGAUUGAGGUGUCAAGCAAUUCACGCAGCAAGUGCUGGUCCUGUUCUCUCUGUCUCUCUCUGUUUCUCUCUCUCUCUCUCUCUCUCACUCUCUCUCUCUCUCUCUCUCUCUCUCUCUCUCUCUCUCUCUCUCUCUCUCUCUCUCUCUCCGUUGUGUGUUCUCUAUCUUACUGACUGGCUAUGCUAUCCAUCAAAUCCAUUCCUCCAUUCUUCCUUGGUCAUAUCUGCCAAUUUUUAGCAACAUUAUGUUAUUCUUGAUCACUACCCCACUAAAUAUACGUAAAUGAAAUAGUCUAGUAUGUUAGACAGUAGAGACAGCUAAUUGUAGAGGACCACACCAGGUUACUAUGCCCGUUGCAGAAUUACUACUUAUAGUCAUGCAGAUACAUGAAACAUUUCUUUUGAAUUUUAUGAUUACAUAAAAUGGAAUAUUAUCAUUCGGCCGGAGUCCUCAACCUCAUUUGGCCGAGGAGGUUUGAAUAUUUUUAGAGAUAUAUUUCAAGUUAGUCUUUAUUUCUACAUUCCAGUCACUUAUAGAUAUACAAACUCAUUCCAGCAGCUGAUGUAAUACUCUAGGUUACUCUACCCUGUAUGAGCCCAUGAUGAGAAGGGAACGAAAACGUUUGGUUCAGAAAAUCUUCCAUUUAUUCUUCUA